UUAAUUUCUUGUUUAUAAAAACCCCAACAAUAUUCAAUCUGUUUGGUUUUCUCAAGAUUUCCCCUGCUAUCUCCCCUUUCAUGCACAGCAAGUAGAGAGCCAUGACAUCGACUUCAACUCAAUUUGCAACCUCCAGAAGGAUGGGAAUUUACGAUCCACUCCAACAGAUUAGUAUGUGGGAAGAGGCUUUUGGAGCUAGUCUUAGCCCUAAUACAAGCCCCAAUAUGGUCAUUUCACAGACCGAAUACAAUUCUCAAGAAUCGUUAGGACCGUCACUGGACAAUCGAGCAACAAAAAACAUUUCGGAUAAGUUGCAAAGGCGACUAGCACAAAACCGUGAAGCUGCUCGUAAAAGUCGUUUAAGGAAAAAGGCAUACGUUCAGCAACUGGAAUCGGGUCGUCUGAAAUUGGCGCAAUUAGAACAAGAACUCGAGCGGGCUCGACGGCAGGGCGUAUACGGGGGUCUUUUGAACACGGGCAACGGUCUGUUAUCUGGUAACGUCACUAACUCGGGGAUUGCUGCAUUUGAGAUGGAGUAUGAUUUGUGGGUUGCGGAGCAACAGAAAAAGGACGACGAGCUUCGGAAAGUGCUGCUGACUCAUAUGAGUGACAUAGAGCUUCGUAUAUUCGUUGAUAGUGGCUUGAACCACUACUACGAGCUUUUCCGAAUGAAGGCCGAUGCCGCCAAGGCCGACGUGUUUUAUUUGAUGAACGGGUUGUGGAGAACUCCGGUAGAGCGGUUCUUCCAGUGGAUUGGCGGAUUCCGGCCAUCUGAGCUCUUAUACAUACUAACGCCACAGAUCGAGUUGCUAACGGAUGCGCAGCUCGUGAAUGUGACGAGUCUAAGGCAGUCGUGCGAGCAAGCUGAGGAGGCACUGAGUCAAGGCAUGGACAAGCUUCAACAAACGCUGGCUCAGAGCAUUACGAUCGAUAUAACUGGAGCCGGAAGUUACAACUCGCAGAUGACUUGUGCAAUGGAAAGGCUUGAAGCGCUCGAGAUUUUCUUGAACCAGGCAGAUCACCUUCGACAACAGACUCUGCAGCAAAUGUAUCGGCUCUUAACAACACGUCAAGCAGCAAGAGUGUUGCUAGCGCUUGGUGAAUACUUCCAACGUCUUCGUGUACUGAGUUCACUUUGGUCAGCUCGUCCGCAUGAUCACUCUACAACUUUACUUCCGUGAAUGAAUUCACGCUCUUUUCCGAGCUUUAUCUAGCAUUCAUUAGCAGAAAGUAGAGAUAUUUCCUCGCAACUUUGCGAAUGUCGAUCCCGUCUCCUACUCCUUUAAUCUGCUUAUAUGUUGAAAGCACAGCAACAACUGCUAUGGUGUUCCUCAAGUAAAAUGUAAAUAUGAUCUGUAAUGUCGUUCGUGUAUAUAUAUAUAUACAUAUAUAUAUAUAUGCAGGAGAUCGAGUUUAUCGACUAUGUUCUGUGUUAUGUUUCUGAGUUCGUUGUAUAUAACUAUUACAUUACGAUAACUUUGAAGUGUGUACAUAAACAACU